AUGACUGAUACAGAAAAAGGAAGUUUCCGUGCUGUACCACUCCGUGACUCUGUGACCGUGACUAUCUCUGCUCUCUGCCCGCCAGUCUCCAUCAGCGAGGUGGAGGCAGUGCGUGAGGGCCACCAGUCGGAGAUCCUGCAGAGCAUCGCGGACCAGUUCCCCGCUGACCGCUGCUUCACCCUGGUGUUCCGUGGCCGGAGGGGCAACCUGGACCUGGUGGCAGAGUCGGGGCGAGAGGCCAGACACUGGGUGAGGGGGCUACGCAAACUCAUCGAGGCUGACCGCAACAUGGACCAGCGGGAGAUGCUCGACCACUGGAUCAGCGAUUGGUUCCAGAAGGCGGACAAGGACAAGGACGGUCGGAUGAACUUCAAGGAGGUCCGGGAGCUGUUGAAGAUGAUGAACGUGGACAUGAACGAAGACCACUCCCUCCGCCUCUUCAAGAUGGCGGACAAGUCUCAGUCGUCGACCCUGGAGGGAGAGGAGUUUGUUCUGUUCUACAAGGCCCUGACCAAGCGCGACGACGUGCAGGAGCUCUUCACCCAGUUGUCCGCUGACGGGGAGACGCUGACGCUGGAGGAGUUUGCAGGAUUCCUGCAGAGCGAGCAGGGGGAGCCGCGGGAGGAGGCCGAGACCAACGCCAAGGAUCUAAUCACUCGCUACGAGCCGUCCGAAACAGCCCGCAGGCUUUACGCGCUGACCCUGGACGGGUUCCUGAUGUACCUGUGCUCUCCGGAAGGUUCCAUCUUCGAGCUGCGCCACGGGCCGGUGUACCAGGACAUGUCGCAGCCGCUGUGUCACUACUUCAUCUCAUCCUCACACAACACCUACCUGCUGGAGGACCAGCUACGCGGGCACAGCAGUGUGGAGGGCUACAUCAGGGCUCUGAAGAAGGGAUGUCGCUGUGUGGAGGUGGACACAUGGGAUGGGCCGCACCAGGAACCGGUGGUGUAUCACGGGCACACCCUCACCUCCAAGAUUCUCUUCAAAGACGUCAUCGCAGCAGUCAACACCUACGCCUUCAUGGUGGGACCAACGCACCCUCCCCCCCUCCCCAGAGACAGAGCGAGGGAGCGGGGGGGAGAUAUGGGGGAGAGACGGGAAGAGGGGAACACUCUCCCCUCUCCCCAGGAUCUACGGCGGAAGGUCCUGGUGAAGGGCAAGCGCAUCGGCUGGCUGGAGGGGAGCGGUCAAGCUCUGGACGAGGGGAGCGAGGAGGAGGAGGAGGUGGGGGAGACGGAGGAAGAGAACGGCCGGAACGGGACGCGGAGGAGAGGAAAGAUCCACAGCUCCAAGCAGCAGUUGUCCCGAGAACUGUCUGACUGUGUGGUUUACUGCAAGACCGUCCCGUUCCACAGCUUCAAGCAUUCACGCGCGCACUACAAGUUCUACGAGAUCUCCUCCUUCACUGAGUCCAAGGCCCGCAAACUGGUCCGGGAGUACGGGGGGGAGUUUGUGCAGCACAACGCCUGGCAGUUGAGUCGUAUCUACCCCAGCGGGCUCCGCACCGACUCCUCCAACUACCACCCCCAGGACAUGUGGAACUCCGGCUGUCAGAUCGUUGCGUUAAACUUCCAGUCGGCCGGAGAGGAGAUGGACCUGAACGACGGCCGUUUCAGCCCCAAUGGUCACUGCGGCUACUUGCUGAAGCCCGUCUUCAUGAGAUCGCCUUCCGGAACCUUCCACCCCGACCACCCGCAGCAGACGUCCGCCGCCUACCGGCCCCUCAACCUCACCAUCCAGGUGAUCAGCGGCCAGCAGUUGCCCAAGGUGACCAACAGUAAGCCUGGGUGGAUCGUAGACCCGCUGGUGAGAGUGGAGAUUCACGGAGUGGCCAUGGACAACGCCAAGAUGGAGACCAAGUACAUCGACAACAACGGUACAACUCGCCCGCCAGUCUGGAGAGAGACGCUACGAUUCAUGGUUCAUGUCCCAGACCUGGCGCUGGGUCGAUUCCUCGUCGAGGAUUACGACUUGGCCUCGAAAAACGACUUUGUGGGACAGUUCACCCUGCCAUUGACAUCCAUUACCCCAGGUUACCGCCAUGUCCCCCUCCUGUCCCAGGACGGAACUCCCCUCACCCCCGCCUCCCUGUUUGUGCACGUCACCAUGUUGCCCCCGCAGACACGUAGUGUGGAGGGAGAGGCGGGGAGAG